AUAUUAUUGUACUUCCGGUUUAAAGAUGGAUGAGGCUGGGUCGUUUUCUGAUCAUGACAUCAUGAGCCCCCCCACCAAUGUUUACAUAAUCUGAUGCCUGAAGAUUUGGACACAUCCUGUAGCGGCAACUAAAUGAUGUCCCGAUUGAAUCUCACAGUGAAGACCGGUGACGAAUUAUAAGCUUACAAUCAGCUCGAAAUGAAGGGAGAAAAAGUCAUAAUGACUGAAGAAAGGCAUGCAACAGUUUUAGAUGUUGUACAGGGUCAAGGUAUGGAUAAAACUUUUAGGACCAGUACCAUAUGUUUUACCAGCAGCCAUUUACCUGGUAAUGUUAGUUUUCUAUUGUUACCAAGAUUAUAUAAUAACAGAGGGAUGGUCUGAUAUUAAUUUUAAGAAUCCUGUACCACCAGACGUGUUAGAUGGAGCAGAGGAGUAUUUGAAACGCAAUCAAAGCAAGGAUAUCACAUUUGUCACAGCUUAUUUUAAUCUCGGAAAAUUCCAGAAAGGUCCGUUCAAAACAUUUAGUACACAAACUUACUACAGCUGGAUGAAGAAUUAUGCAUUUGUGUACAAUGAAAUUAUUCUAUACACAGAUUUAGAAGAUUUAGCAAUUAGAUUUAAAGCCGAACGAUCACAUUUUCCUGCACAUAUGACAAGAAUAUUUUUAGUAAAGCCAAGUGAAUUUUGGGCAUUUGGGUUAAAAUCAAAAAUUGAGAAAAUUUACAAUCAAACAAACUAUCCGAAAUGGUAUCCAAAUACAGUCAUGGCUUCUUAUUCAUGUGCCAUGCAUGUAAAGUAUGAUCUUAUAAAGAGGGUGAUAAAGGAAAAAUUAGUAAAAACUAAAUAUUUAGCAUGGAUGGAUAUAGGUUAUUUUAGAGGAAAUGAAAAAGGUACUUUUUCAUUAAAACCUCCACAAAAUCUUAAAGACGAUCAUAUAGCCUUUGUACAGAUUGAUAAGUAUGUUGACAUGACGCCAAAAGAAAUUAUGUUUAGUAAUAGUGUAUUUUUAGCAGGUGGAUUAUUCAUUGGAAGACCUGAGUAUUUACUUCUUAUGGUUGAAGAUUAUAAAAAAGCAGUUGAAAAAUUAAUUGCAAUGAAUAUAAUGAACACAGACCAGCAGGUGCUCUACUGUAUGUACUCGCCAAAAUUUCAAUUCCAGCCUAGAAUACCAAUCCAGAGAUUUUACAGCCAGAGUCGUUUGUUAUGGUUCUAUCUUGGUGACCUCUGUAGAGAAAGUAGUUUAUUUUUCGUAAGAAAAAAGACAAAAUUAAGUGAAGUUAUAGCAAGUAGUAUAUUUUUGUAAUGAAGGUAUAUGCAUAGUUGUUAUGGAAGUUACACAAAUUGUACAUGAAUCUGGUAUCUGUUUUAAAAAUAUCAAUGAUGUCAGUGUUUAUUUAUUAAGUAGUAUGUACAAUCUGACUUAUCUUUCUUUGUCUGUAAUUGUAGUUUUGGAACUAACUACAAAUAUGGACAAAGUAGAUAUCUCAUUCCCAAUCCAUAGUAAAGCCUUCCAAUACUUGAAAUUAAGCCAUGAUACAUUUUUAGAAAUCCACAGUAUUGUCUUUAUUACUUGAUAUAUAAUGUAGUUUUUAGUUUCAAUGUCAAAAUGAAUGCAAUCUUUCAUGAGCAUUGCUCACGUGAGCUUUGAUUUAGUUUUGCUCACGGUACCAAUAUGUGUGUGUCAACUUCUAUUGAUAUACAGUGUAUUGUUGAAUUCAGUAAUGCAGAUUCAUUAGGUUUGUUAAACAGUUUUUCUGUUAUUUAUUAUUGUUUUAAGUAUGUGUUUUUAUUGUUUUAAGUAUGUGUUUUUAUUGAUUUGAGUUAUUGAUUUGUGCUUUCUUAAAUUGUGUUGUUCUAUUGAUAUGUGUUUUAUUGAUAUGAGUUUUAUUGUUUUGUUCUACAUGUUCCAUGGAGGUGUACUACACAGCUACUUUUGCAUAGGUACUAUAUGUCUGUACCAAAAAUCUGUAGUACUUGAAAUCUACUUCUAAUAUUCAGUACUAUUUUGUUACUCUAAAAUUAUUG